CAGUCUGCUGUAAGGGCGCAGAAAAGCGAAACCUCAAAACAUGUCGGUCCUCCCUUGACAGUACGCUGUGUUUUCCUUAUUUCCAGCAUGACAGUGAGCGUUAUAACGCUCUGAUUGUGUGAUUCUGAAGAAGGCUCGACGCAUCGCGUAACGAUGGAAACUCUGAUUCCCAUCAUUAACAGACUGCAGGAGGUUUUCCUCACAGUUGGAGCCGAGAUCAUCCAGCUUCCUCAGAUUGUGGUCGUGGGAUCACAGAGCAGUGGAAAGAGUUCAGUACUGGAGAGUUUGGUUGGACGAGACUUUCUGCCCCGAGGUUCAGGAAUAGUGACUCGGCGCCCUCUAGUGUUACAGCUGGUGAACGUGCCUCCGCUGGAGGAGAGGCGGAAACAAGACAAUGGAAAUGGAGCUAAACAAAACACCCAAAACAAUUAUCCAGGUGUCAAAGCAGAGGAAUGGGGCACCUUCCUUCACUGCAAAAACCAGAUUUUCACAGACUUCAGUGAAAUCCGGAAAGAGAUCGAGGACGAAACGGAUCGCAGUACCGAUAAUAAGGGCAUCAGUCCAGAGCCCAUUUACCUGAAGAUCUAUUCCCCUAACGUACUCAGUCUGACGUUAGUUGACUUGCCUGGCAUCACUAAGGUCCCGGUCGGUGACCAGCCUGAAGAUAUCGAGACUCAAGUCCAAGAGAUGAUUCUGUCAUACAUCUCCAACCCCAACUCCCUCAUCCUGUGUGUUUCUCCUGCAAACUCUGACCUCGCCACAUCGGAUGCCCUUAAACUGGCACGAGAGGUGGAUCCCGAUGGUCGCAGGACGCUGCUGGUGGUGAGUAAGCUGGAUUUGAUGGACGCGGGAACAGACGCUCUGGAGGUGCUGCUGGGCCGGGUCAUACCCAUCAGACUGGGCAUUAUCGGUGUGGUUAACAGGAGCCAACAUGACUUGAACACCCAAAAGAGUCUCGCCGACUGCUGCAAAGACGAGCAGGCGUUCCUGCAGCGGCAUUACCCAUCAUUAGCCUCCCGCUGCGGCUCGCGUUACCUGGCACGCACCCUGAGCCGACUGCUCAUGCAUCACAUCAGAGACUGUCUCCCGGAGCUCAAGACGCGAGUCACGGUGCUCACCGCCCAAUACCAGUCCCGACUCAACAGCUACGGCCAGCCUGUAGAAGACCACAGCGCCACCUUAUUGCAGAUCGUUACGAAGUUUGCCACUGACUACUGCAACACCAUCGAAGGCACUGCCAGACACAUUCAGACCUCUGAAUUGUGUGGAGGAGCUCGUAUCUGUUAUAUAUUCCACGAGACGUUUGGAAGGACCCUGCAGUCUAUUGACCCACUUGGAGGACUCACCGAGCUGGACGUUCUCACAGCUAUUCGAAACGCUACGGGUCCUCGACCGGCGCUGUUUGUUCCUGAGGUCAGUUUUGAGCUGCUGGUGAAGAAACAGAUCAAGAGACUGGAGGAGCCCAGCCUGCGCUGUGUGGAGCUCGUGCACGAGGAACUUCAGAGAAUCAUCCAGCACUGCUCUGCCUAUAGCACACAGGAGCUCCUGCGGUUUCCCAAACUGCAUGACUCUAUUGUGGAGGUGGUUACCAGCUUACUCAGGAAACGCCUGCCCAUUACCAAUGAGAUGGUUCAUAAUCUAGUUGCAAUCGAGCUGGCCUACAUAAACACCAAACAUCCUGAUUUCACAGACGCUGCCCAAGUGUCUGCAUCUGUCAACAGCCAGCAGGUACUGAAACCCUCCGUCUCUAUCUCUCUCUCUCCAAUUCCAAAUAGGAUUAGUUUUUGUUUUAUCGUCUCUUUCACAGGCGGAGUCGGGGAUGGAGGUAAGCGGUGGAAGAAUGAGAAGAUGCCGUCAGAGGAGAAAGGCCCCGUGCCGGGGUUUGGGAGUCCCACUAAAGCUGUCAACCUGUUGGACACGGCCGUGCCAGUAUCCCGCAAGCUGAGCACUCGAGAGCAGAGGGACUGUGAGGUCAUCCAGCGGCUCAUUAAGUGCUACUUCCUGAUCGUGCGCAAGAGUAUCCAGGACAGUGUGCCAAAGACGGUCAUGCAUUUCCUGGUGAAUCAUGUGAAAGAGCAUUUGCAGAGUGAGCUGGUCGGUCAGCUCUACAAACAGCCUCAGCUGCAGGAGCUGCUCAUCGAGUCUCAGGAAACUGCUCAGCAGCGCACCGAAGUUGCACAGAUGCUAGAGGCACUCAAGAAAGCCAGUAACAUUAUCUCAGAGAUCCGGGAGACUCAUCUUUGGUAGCCAAACGUUCUCAUGAACAUUCUGUCCAGGAAAGUGUUUACAUGUUUGUGCGUACUGUAUGUGUGAGUGUGCGACGUAACUCAAAUACGCCAUCUGAAGAAAUUCAAUGCCUCUGCCAGCAUGAACAUUCAACAAAAUGUGUACAGUUUUCCAAAUACCACUUAUUUCUACUGUAUAUGCACUGAUUCCAUAACUGUGUGUUUGACAGAGGUCAAAAGUGUGAGUGUGUGUGUGUUUGUAUUCAGUAGCUCAGCUAUAGUGAACAUAUCAAAUCCGUGUCGUAAUCUACAACAUCAUAAAUGUUUCGGAAUGGUUUUUCGACCGUACGAAUACUCAUUUAACAUUAUAAGAAUUAAGUAAUGGCUCAGACGCUACUAAGUGCAUCCCAAGCUCUCAUACGCUCACAUAAGGAAUCACACAACAAUAAACAUUUUUUUAUUUUUUCAUCAUUUACUCACAUAUCAUUCCACAUUUUUAUAUACUAUCGAAUAUAGGAGAUGAAAAAUGUUCACGCUGCCUUUUUCCCAUUCAGUUAAAAGCUUUCAAGCUCUGAAAUGGACUAAAAAGCAUUAUAAAUGCACCAUAAAUCAUCUUAAACGUAGUCCAUGCAACUCUUUCAUUAGUUUUAUGUCAGGAACAGACUGAAACUCAAUGAAUAUAGAUGUGGAAUGACAUGACAAUGAGUAAUUGACACAUUUGAGUGAACGAUUCCAUUAAUACGCUGUAAAUAUCCUGUAAUAAAUGUGGUGUCUGGGUUUACAGUAAAUUUAAGAAACGAACCGCCCCCUUUAUUAAAUUCGGUCAAAUUUGUGCAUGUUGGCAUAGCUGUAUGCUACGUAUAAGCUUAAGUUAUCACAGCCAAUAUGGGCUAAAAACAAAAGCAGUGAUAACAUAUUUAAUAAUGUGAAUGAGAAAGACAAAUGAAACUUAAUUCUGAUGUUACGUUUAGAAUAAUUAAUGAUGUAACGUGUGACUGAUGUCUAGACAUGGUGCAAAUAAAUGGUAGUGCAGUGUGAAGAGCCACAGAACAAAGAGCCAUUGUGUUUGGUUGUGCUCUGAAACACUUCAAACCACGCUUGGAUGUGCCGGAGACUUGACUGCCAUGUAAUAUUUAUGCUUGUAUGAAUAUUUAUUGUGAGAGUGAGUACGCCUGUGUCAAAGAAGGUCAAAUGAGAAAGAACAAAGAUAUGAAAACAUUGGCUGUUUGAAGCGUUGAACACCAAGAACGAGCACUUAGUUUAGUGUCAAAUACAAAUGUGCAAAAUUAAAACCCAGCACAAAAGUGGCCAGUGGAGCUGUAGAGAAUUUGGUAGUUGUUGUAUUGCCUGCUAAAACCAAUAUUUAUGUGUGUGGGUGUUUAUAUUGGAAACAAUGUUGCAGAUUUUUAAAUGUAUUUCUUAUGAUGGGACACAUUAUGCUUCUCUACCAACCAAUCAAUCAUAAAAACAGACAUGCCAGAAAAACAGAGAGAAGCUGUUGAAGGAGAACUAAUAAAAUUAGCAUAAACAUAUUUAUAUGCAUUGUCAAAUACCUGAUAAGUAACAAGCAUGCAUUUCUUGUUGACCUCAAACUUUAUACUGCUAAAUUGUGUCCUGCCUCAUUUUUUUUGAAUAUUCCAGUGAAUAUGUGUGACGCAGAGCGCAUGUAGAAGUGUUUUUAAUUUCAAGAGGUUUGAGCAGUUUAGUGAUUAGGCUGCUUGAGUGAAGUAGGAUCUGUAGAAAUGCUUCAGAGGCUGAUGGAUUUUAAUGAGCCCUGUUGCAGUCUCAGCACUAAUUACAUGAUGUAUGUUUCCUGAAGCUGAAAUCUGCACCGCAAUCUGAUCCUAAAUAGUCUAUAGCAUUUUGGUAAAUCUCCUGACAAUAACUUAUUCAGGUCAUAUUUCACACUAAAAUGAAAAGAAAAUAGGAAAUUAGGCCUAUUUCUAAGAACAUUUAGAUUUUGCAAUGUAAUGGUGUGUUCACACUAAACACAAAUUUAAUUAUUUGCGCAAGUAGAUUACUAUUAGAGGCAAAUUCACACUGGGCGACGCGAAUGACACAAAAUUUGUGGCACGUUUGCCGUGAACGUGCGAUUUUUGCCUCAAGGAUAUAUAGAAUAUUCUUCAGGUUUAUGCAAAACAGAAAUACGACAAAUGGAAUAGCAGAUCUCUGUCAUAUGGCCAAAAAUAAAUAAAAAAAAAAAAAAAAAAGCUUUUUUGCAUGGCUAUGUUUGACACGUGAAAACUGUAACAAUGUAUCUUACAAGGUAACACAAUGUAACCUUGCUCUCACUUGAAAUGUAUCCCCACAUUAAGUCCUUGAACUUGAGGGUAUUGGACCUGGAAAGUCCUUGAAAGGUCCCUAAAUUUUAAGUUAACCAAGCUGUGGGAACCCUGAAAAUCAGUUGUAGUGGUAGUUGUAUUUUAUUAGCAUGGCUACAGAGAUGUUGCUGUCAAUAAAAAUAAUAAUAACAAUAAUAAUGUCAGUGUAUAUACAGCAGUAAAAUGUAACACACACAUUAAUGCAGUUUAAUGCAAGAAAAAAUGGUAAAUCUCAUUACCAUAAUUCAAGAAAUAAAAUCUUAUUCUCAUUACAAUAAUGCAGAAAAAAAUGACACCCUCAUUACUGUCAUCCAGGGAAAAAAAUCUAAUUGUCAUUACCAUAAUAACAGAAAAAAAUUCUCACUACCAUAAUGCAGAGGAAGAGCGUGGGGGGGUCUUACUCUUGUUACUACAAUACAAGAAAAAAUGAAUUUACAUUCAUGUAAGAAAAAUCAUAUUCUCGUUACCUUAAUGCAAGUAAAGAAAUCUAAUUUUCAAUACUAUAAUUCAGGAAAAAAAAUCUCAUUCUCACUACUGUAAUGCAGAACGAUACCUAAUUCUCAUUACUUGUAAUGCAUGAAAAAAAUCAAAUUCUCAUUACAGUAAUGCAGUAGAAAAUCUCAAUCUCACUACCGUAAUGCAGGACAAAAUGUAAUUCUCAUUACUAUAAUGCAUAAAAAAAAAAUCUAAUUUUCAAAAAAAAAAACUGCUUCUUAUUACCGUAAUGCGGGACAAAAACUAAAUCUCAUUAUUGUAAUGCAUGAAAAAAAAAAAAACUAAUUCUUAUUACCAUAAUGCAGGAGAAAAUCUCAUUCUCACUACCAUAAUGCAGGACAAAAUGUAAUUCUCAUUACUAUAAUGCAUUUUAAAAAAAAUCAAAUUCUCAAAAAAAAAAAAAACUGCUUCUCAUUACCGUAAUGUGGGACAAAAACUAAAUCUCAUUACUGCAAUGCAUGAAAAAAUAUUAAUUCUCAUCGCCGUAAUGCACGAUAAACAAAUCUCAUUCUCAUUAGCAUAAUUCAGGGGAAAAAUCUCAUUCUCAUCACCGUAAUACAGAAAAAUCUAAUUCACAUUGCUGUAGUGCAGGGAAGAAAUUUAAUUCUUACUACUGUAAUGCAGGAAAAAAAAUCUCAUUCUCAUUACCGUAAUGCAG